AUGUUCGGUGCCUGGCUGGACGCAGUCGCUGCUCUGAAAAAGACUGACCUGAUGUACACCUGUGUCAUCAACGGGUGGUUCAUGGACUACUUUGGCAUGCCGCACACCCCGAGCAACCUCACCCCUCACACCUGGGUCGUCGACGUUGCGAACCGCCGCGCCGCGAUCCCCGGAACAGGCAACGAGCCCAUGACCCUGACCUACUCGGUGGACGUGGCCCGCUUCGUCGUCCGCAUGCUCGACGACGCCGACUGGCCCGAAGUCAGCAUCAUCAGCGGCUCAGACACUACGUUCAAUGAGAUUCUGGGAAUCGCGGAGAAACUCACGGGAGACAAGUUUGACGUCGUCUAUGACGGAGAAGAGAAAUUGAGGAGCGGCCAGGCAACCGUCUGGUCGGCAGGCUACGGCGCAGGACCGGCGUCAAUGGAAGAGACGGAGGCGAUGAUCGCUCUUUUCGGAUUGAUGAGCGUCGAGGGCCGAAUCCUUGUGCCCGAAGGUAAUCGUCUGAACGCAAAGUACCCAGAUAUCCACCCCGUGGGCAUCGAAGAGCUUCUUGCCCAGGCCUGGACUGGGAGAUAG